AUGCUCUUUUUGGUCCGGUUCUCCUCAAGAACAGCUCACGUGUUCAUCUUCUUCCCAAGUUCCUCACCAUCGCCGACUCCUCCUGGCUCCGCGCGCCCGCUCGCCCAGACCAGCUUCCGCCAGGCCGCAGCGCCUCUGCCGCUGCACUUCACCAUCCACGCGCCGCGUCCAUCCUCGCCCAGGCCACGCGCCCGCUCAGCGCCGCCCUCCUCGCUCCAGGCCGCCUCCAACGCGCGCCCCGCCUCCACAACUCCCGCUCGCCCGCGCAAAGCUGCGCCUCGCCAGGCCUCGCUCGAGCCGCCGCCCGCCCCUGGCCCCGCCUCGAUCCGCCGCCAGCAGGCCACCACGCACCACCCGCACGCGCUCAGCAAGCUCGCUGCCACCGCGCCCCCACUUCGCGCUCGCGCACCAGCUCCCGCUCGCACAAGCCGCCUCCACGCGCGCCCAACUGCUCGACCUUCCGACCGCUGCGCUGCCGUUCCUCGCGCCGGCGCCCAAGCUCAGUACCGCUCACCAACAUCACCCAGCACCAGUUCGCCAGCUUCUCUACAUCGCGUGCGUCUUCAGCUUCUUUCCAUUCAGGCAGCAGCCCCCACGCGCAGGCACACACAUCACCAGCAAACUCGUCCCGCUCCUGGCCUCGCACGCACAGAAUUUUCCCUCGAACCGGAGCAAACCGGACGACACACCGGGCCACCCGGUUGA